UUUUCCCGGGAGAACGAAGCUGUUAGCUGCGUACGAAAGACUUGCACCGUUUCGACGAUGAAGUGUUCGGUACUAGCCGUUCCGCUUCUUUUGCUUAUUUGUGGCUGUUUCAGAUUGUCUCAAGCCCAACAUGAUCCAAACAAUCUAUCCGAUCGUCAAAUCAUGGUCCACCUCUUCGAAUGGAAGUGGAAUGAUAUUGCCGAUGAGUGUGAACGCUUUCUCAGCAAAAUGGGAUUCGCAGGUGUCCAGGUAUCGCCUCCAACAGAGAACGUAGUUGCGUGGGAACCGACUCCCGGUGUCAAACGUCCUUGGUGGGAACGCUAUCAGCCCGUCUCUUACAAGCUGAACACCCGUAGCGGCACCGAACAACAAUUUCAGGAUAUGGUUAACCGUUGCAACGCCGUCGGCGUUAGGAUUUACUGUGACAUGGUUUUGAAUCACAUGACCGGAGACUGGCCGUCGGGAACUCCCGCGACUGGAGGUUCUAGUUUCAACACUGGCUCUAAGGACUAUCCUGCCGUCCCAUACUCGACUUACGAUUUCAACGGUCGUGACAAAUGUUCCACUUCUUCCGGAAACAUUGAAAACUACGGAGACGCAAAUCAGGUACGCAACUGUCAACUGGUUGGCUUGAAAGAUUUGAACCAGGGAUCGGAAUACGUUCGCGGGAAAAUAGUUGAGUUGUUGAAUCGGUUGAUCAGUUACGGCGUUGCGGGAUUCAGAUUCGAUGCUAGCAAACACAUGUGGCCGGGUGAUUUAAAAGUUAUUGCCGAUCGAUUAAAUAAUUUACCUACCGACAAAGGUUUUCCAUCUGGGGCACGGCCUUUCAUCUAUCAAGAAGUCAUCGAUCUCGGUGGUGAGCCAAUCACCGGCGCUGAAUAUGUCGGCAUUGGUCGCGUCACUGAGUUCAAAUAUGGCAAAUUUCUCGGCGAAGCUUUCCGGGGACGUAACCAACUGAAAUACCUCAAAAACUUUGGUGAGGGAUGGGGAAUGUUAGCGUCAGGCAAUGCAUUAGUCUUUAUUGACAAUCACGACAACCAACGAGGCCACGGUGCUGGCGGCGACAUGAUUCUUACAUUUCGCGUACCUAAACUUUACAAGAUGGCUGUUGCUUACAUGUUGGCCUGGCCAUACGGUUUUACUCGCGUCAUGUCCAGCUACUAUUGGGAGCAAAACAUCGUCAACGGGCAGGAUAAAAACGAUUGGGUCGGACCACCUUCAGAUUCGAACUGGAAUAUCAUUACACCGACGAUCAACGCCGAUGGAAGUUGCGGCAACGGAUGGGUUUGCGAGCACAGGUGGAGGCAGAUCUACAACAUGGUUAAAUUUCGUAACGUUGUUCAUGGAACAACAAUGAACGAUUGGUGGGACAAUGGCAGCAACCAGAUCGCUUUCUGCCGUGGCGGUAAAGGAUUUAUCGCCAUCAACAACGAUAAUUACCCGCUUCAACAAAGUUUGCAGACAUGUCUUCCGUCUGGGACGUACUGCGACGUCAUCUCUGGUGAUCUCGUGAAUAACCAAUGUACUGGCAAGUCCAUCACGGUUGGUUCAGACGGCAAGGCCUUUAUCAGUCUGUCAAACGCCGAAGAUGACGGCGUCAUUGCUUUCCAUAUUCAGUCUGCGGUAGGAUCAGGUAACCAAGCAACCACCACAGCCAGCCCUGGAGUCACGACACCUUCACCUUCAUGCCGCAAAGUCUAAAAACGAAAAUGAAUUAUCUUAAAUUUCAUUGUCUGCUUUUUUUCCCGUUUAACAAGUAUUGCAAUUCAGCCCAAUAGUAGAUUUUGAAAUACACAGAAAUGAAGCAGAAAUUCAA